ACCGGCUCCUCGCUCCUAGCGCGUCCCGAGAGGCCUGCUGACACUAUGACUUUCCAGUGGACAGCAGUUGUCCUCUUUCUGUAUGGUGAAAUAGCAGUAAUCCUCGUGCUCUGCCUGCCGUUUAUUUCUCCGCUGAGAUGGCAGAAGAUUUUUACGAUUCCUCUAUGGAGCAAAAUGGCAAUUUUUUGGAACAAGAUGUUCCUCACAAUAAUAGUUUUGCUGAUCGUCUUGUUUCUUGAUGCUAUUAGAGAAGUCAGGAAGUACUCUGCAGUUCAUGUGACUGAAAGGGCUGCAAAUGUCAAUGCCAAUGCCUUUGAUCAUAUUCAGAUGAAACUCUUCCGAUCGCAAAGAAACCUCUAUCUCUCAGGCUUUUCCUUAUUUCUUUGGCUUGUAUUGAGACGUACUGUUACCCUUCUUACUCAGCUGGCAAAAGGGAUGGCAUCUCAUGCAGCUUUGGAAACACAAGUAAAUGAUGCUACUGAGGCAGCCAAAAAAUACAUGGCCGAGAAUGAAAGACUGCAGGAGGCCUUGAAUGAAAAAGGAAGCAGUAAAAAGAAAGAGUCAGCAGAAGCAACUGAUGAAAAGCUGAAGAAGGAAGUUGAACAUUUGAAAGCAGAACUACAAAAGACAUCAAAUGCUCUUCACAAGGCAAAUAAUGAAGUGACUGCAGUUAAAAAGCAGUCUGAAGGCCUUAAAAAAGAGUAUGAUAAUUUGAUGAAAGAGUACAAGCAGCUUCAGGACAGUUUAAAUGAAGCAGAAGACAAGAAGGACCUGUAGGUGCAUCUAAGAGUGAUGCCAUCAGACAAUUGCUUCGGUGUGAAAAGCCUUGUGCUGCUUAUGCUCCCGGUACAUACCUGAAACAAAACUUGAUUUUUCUGAAAAGCACACGCACUGCAAGUCACGAUUCAGAUUCCUCUAAUAUAUUUUGGUUGCCAAAAUACUCUGUGUUGCAAAUAAAAUGUUAAAUGGCUUACCUGAUGUACUGUGGAGUUUCAGUGCUCUUGUGAGGAGAAACUCA